AUGCCGCCGAGGGGGAUGAUGUUAGAGAUGGAUGACGUGGACAGCGACAACUCAGUGUCCAUGACAUGGGAGAUUGAUCCUGCCAGCGGCACCAUGCGUCACAAGAAGACAGGAACAAAGGUCUCCACUGAUUCAGGCAUCACGUAUGAAGGUCAGGAGUACCGCCUUUCACCAGAGGACAUCGAGCUGGAGGCCGACUCGCAUCUUGGCGCUGGGGCCUGCGGCGUCGUGAUGAAGGGCGUCAUCAAGCAGACAGGAAUUCCUGUGGCUGUGAAAACGGUGAAGGUGGAUGACAAGACCAAGCGCGAGCAGCUUCUCAACGAAAUCCGAGGUCUCAUUGCCGCGGAUGGAUGCAUCAAUCUUGUCCACUGGUAUGCGGGCUUCAUGUCCAAGCGCACCAGCGUCGUACAUGUUGCUUUGGAGUUCAUGGAUUUGGGGAGCCUUGCAGACCUAAAGAAACGUCUUGGUGGGGUCGGAGUGCCCCCCUUCUACCUGUCCAAUAUCACCUACCAGAUCAUGAAUGGCUUAGACUACCUGCACAAGAAGAAGAUGUUGCACCGAGAUAUCAAGCCGGAGAACAUCCUUCACAACAGAAGUGGCUAUGUCAAGCUCACGGACUUCGGCAUUGCCAAGGACCUUGACAAGACCCUAGCCAUGGCAGGAACAUUUGUCGGGACUGUGACCUACAUGUCGCCGGAGCGCUGUUUAGGUCAGGAUUACUCCUUCGCCUCAGAUAUUUGGAGCGUAGGCAUGGUCAUCUAUGAGCUCAGCACUGGAAGAUAUCCGUUUGCGGACAUCGGAUCCUUUCCUGUUCUCUUUGACCACCUCUGUGAGAAGCCUGAACCCAGGCUGACUCCCGACUUUCCUCCAGAACUCAUCGAGUUCGAUGCGCUGUGCCUCACACGUGACGUCGCGAGACGUGCUGAUACAGAGUAUUUGCUCGCGCACCCGUUUGUGACGCAAAACGUCCCUGAUGUGGAUCAAUUGGGCCCCUGGGCAGGCAAUGAUGAGUGCGUUGAACCUCCCAGAACAGGGCAGCUGCUGCAGCUCCUCUGCGAGAUGCUGCUUGACUGGAUCGAUGGUCAUGAGAAGAGCGACCAGACGUCUUGGCGCCAGGAGUGCCGUCGACUUCGGCAGGAGCUGAUGGCACAGCAGCAUGAGGAGAGGCAAUUGUCAGAAAGGGUGGAGCAGCUAGAGAGCUGCUUACGGAGUCGCACUCACCAGCUGGACAAGCUGCUGCACAACCUGGGAAGUGCAGAGCCCUCUGGACUUAUCCGCCAGGAGGAAAGGCGAAGCGCUUCGCUUGGUAGACCGCUCGGCGGACAGCCCCGUGCUCGAUUGGCUGCUGCUCGCAGGGAAAGCGAGCGUCUCCACGUAGCACCGGAAUCUGAAGAUGGCGAUACGGAUCCAGAUCCGCUGCAACAGCCCUAUCAAGGUGCUACAGAUUUCCGUCACGUUCUGGGAUCCCGAGUCGACACCCGGUCCCUCCGGCAAGAGUUUGCAGCGCUUCAUGAGCAAGAGCGCGACAAGAGGGCAGGUCAACGUCGCUGUCGGGCAGUCGCAGCAGGGGCCGAGGCCGUGAAAGCCGAAGAUUCAGUGCCAGUUGUCGGAGGCGUCCACAGCUCAGUCGGCAGCACGCCUACAGAGCCGCCAAAUGCUUCGCAGCAGACGGCCAACUUGGAUUUGCAAAAGGAGCUGCAGGCUCUGCGGGAAAAGUGCGUGUCCCUUGAGGAAAGCUGCCGCAAGGCCAACGAAAGGGCGGACGAGGCUCAGCAAGAGCUGCUGAUGUCUUCUGCACGUGCAGAGGCCGCUGAGCAACGAGCAUGGGCUAUGGCAGAGGCAGCCAAUGAGCUGGCCCUCCUUGCUGAUCUUCGCCAUGUGGAGGUCCUCGAAGUCCAACUCCGUUUGCAGGAGAAGUUGACCGCAGCUGAGCACCGGUGCCAGGACAUGGAGUCGGUGGCCCAGCAGUUAGUGCAGCGCUGCAACUCUGGUGGCAAAGGCCUGAGGCAAGUGCUGCUCUCAGUUCAGCAGGGCUCCUCCCAACCUGUUGGCAAACCGGUCCUGUUGGCCCGGUGGAUGGGAUGCGACGAAGCAGGUGACACUGCUGUGUUAUGCUUGAUACGGGUGGGAACCGAGCUGCUUCCGCUAAUGGCGCUGUUGGCGUGGAACCUUUGGGCCAUGCUCAGCCAAAAGUGGACCAGCGACACCCAAGCCAAAGCCAGCAUCGCUGAUGCUUUGCUGCGGCGCGGCGGACGCCGCUUCUUCACCAAGCGGCUCAGAGAUGCACGCGGUGGGGAUGACGAUGACGAGGAGCAGCGGCGCAAGCGCUUGCACCGAGUCUCCCGGCGUCGCGGGGGCCACCGGCUUCGCUCACGGCGGAGCAGACACUGA